AAAAAACGGUUGUCUUCGGUGCCUGCGUAAGAGCGGCGUCGGCUGCGGUUACCUUCUUCUGCCGGGCGGAUGGACGGGCGCCCUGCGGCCUUGGGCAGCGGCAACAGCAGCGCAGAGGAUUUGGAACUGAGAGCUAAGACUAAAGAGGAAACUCCGAGAAAGAACAUUUCAGGAAAAGAAUCCUCCCAAGACUUGGAACCUAGGACUAAAAACAAAGAGGCAACUCCAAAGGAGAUCAUAAUAGGUGAAGAAUCUUCCUCAUUGGUGAAAGUUGAAAGACUCAAAGGGGCAGACUUUUGUAACUCUACGCUUGGGGAAUUUGGGGAAGGUGAGAACCUGGAAAAGCAGCAGCCAGUAAAGCAGGACAGUGAGGUAAGAAUGAUUAAACAUCAGAAGAUUCCAACUGGAAAGAAAUUUUAUAAAUGUAAAGAAUGUGGCUUCAGUCAUGGCUCAGCCUUUGUUAAGCACAAGAAGAUUCACAUGGGAAAAAAGCCUUAUAAAUAUAAAGAAUAUGGGAAAGCCUUCCCUCGAUUCUCAAGGCUCACUCAACAUCAGAAGAUCCGUGCUAGAAUGAAGGUUUAUAAAUGUAAUGAAUGUGAGAAAACAUUUACUCAAAACUCAGUCCUUCUUCUACAUCAAAGGAUGCAUACUGGAGAGAAGCCAUAUAAGUGUGAUGAAUGUGGGAAAGCCUUCAUUUAUAAUUCAAGCCUUGUCAAACAUCAGAAGAUUCAUACUGGAGAGAAGCCUUAUAAAUGUAAUGAAUGUGGGAAAGCCUUCAGGCAGAGUUCAGAUUUUGUUAGGCACCAGAGGAUCCAUACUAGAGAGAAGCCUUAUGAAUGUAAUGAUUGUGGGAAAGCUUUCCCUAGUUUUUCAAAGCUCACUCAACAUCAGAAGAUCCAUACCAGAGUGAAGGUUUAUAAAUGUAAUGAAUGUGGGAAAACAUUUACCCAAAAUUCUAUCCUUCUUUUUCAUCAAAAGAUACAUACUGGAGAGAAGCCAUAUAAAUGUAAUGAAUGUGGGAAGGCUUUCAUUUAUAAUUCAGGCCUCGUCAAGCAUCAGAAGAUUCAUACUGGAGAGAAGCCUUAUAAAUGUAAUGAAUGUGGGAAAGCCUUCAGGCAGAGUUCAGAUGUUGUUAGGCACCAGAGGAUCCAUACUGGAGAAAAGCCUUAUAAAUGUAAUGAAUGUGGAAGAGCCUUCAGUCAGAGCUCAGAUGUUGUUAAGCACCAGAGGAUCCAUAGUGGAGAAAAGCCUUAUAAAUGUAAUGAAUGUGGGAAAGCCUUUAUUCGGGGCUCAAGUCUUACUGCCCAUCAAAUGAUUCAUACUGGAGACAAGCCUUAUAAAUGUAAUGAAUGUGGGAAAGGCUUCCCUCAAUUCUCAAAGCUUACUCAACAUCAGAAGAUCCAUACUAGAGUGAAAGUUUAUAAAUGUAAUGAGUGUGGGAAAACCUUUCCUCAACACACAAGCCUUGUUUUACAUCAACAGAUUCAUAAGAGAGAGAAGCCUUAUAAAUGUAAUGAAUGUGGGAAAGCCUUCGCUCAGAGGUCCCACCUAACCCAACAUUUGAACACACAUACUGGAGAGAAGCCUCAUAAAUGUAAAGAAUGUGGGAAAGGCUUCAGUCAUGGUUCAAACCUUAUUAAGCACCGAAGGAUUCAUACUGGAGGGAAACCAUAUAAAUGUAACGAAUGUGGGAAAGCCUUCAGUCAGAGCUCAGCCCUUGUUAAGCACCAGAGGAUCCAUACUGGAGAGAAGCCUUAUACAUGUAAUGAAUGUGGGAAGGCCUUUAGGCAGAGCUCAAAUCUUAUUUCACAUCAAAUGAUCCAUACUGGAGAGAAGCCUUAUAAAUGUAAUGAGUGUGGGAAAAGCUUCAGUCACAUCUCAGACCUUGUUAGGCACCAAAGGAUCCAUACUGGAGAGAAGCCUUAUAAAUGUAAUGAAUGUGGGAAAGCCUUUAGUCAGAGCUCAGUUCUUGUUAAACACCAGAGGAUCCAUAGUGGAGAGAAGCCUUAUAAAUGUAAUGAAUGUGGGAAAGCCUUUAUUCUGAGCUCAAGUCUUAUUGCCCAUCAGAUGAUCCAUUCUGGAGAGAAGCCUUACAAAUGUAGUGAAUGUGGGAAAGGCUUCAUUGAGAGUUCGGCUCUUAUUGUACAUCAGAGGAUUCACACAGGAGAGAAGCCUUAUACAUGUAAUGAAUGUGGGAAAGCCUUCACUCGGAGCUUAAACUUGAUUGUACAUCAGAUGGUUCAUACUGGAGAGAAGCCAUAUACAUGUAACGAAUGUGGGAAAACCUUCAGUCAUGGCUCAGGCCUUGUCAAGCACCAGAGGAUUCAUACUGGAGAAAAUCCUUAUAAAUGUAAAGAAUGUGGGAAAGCCUUUAAACAGAGCUCAAACCUUAUUCGACAUCAGAAGACUCAUACUGGAGAGAAGCCUUAUAAAUGUAAGGAAUGUGAGAAAGCCUUCACUCAGAGAUUCCACUUAAAAAAACAUCUGAAUACACAUACUGGAGAGAAGCCUUAUAAAUGUAAGGAAUGUGGGAAAGGUUUCAAUCAUGAUUCAAACCUUAUUAAGCAUCGAAAGACCCAUUCUGGAGGGAAACCAUAUAAAUGUAAUGAAUGUGGGAAAGCAUUCAAAAAGUUCUCAGGUGUUUUCCAGCAUCAGAGGAUUCAUUCUAAAGAAAAGUCUUAUAAAUGUAAGGUAUGUGGGAAAGCAUUUACUCAGAACUCAAUAUUUAUUCAACAUCAGAGGAUUCAUACUGGAGAGAAGCCUUAUACAUGUAAGGAAUGUGGGAAAGUCUUCAAUAAAAACUCAACCCUUAUUAAUCAUCAGAGAAUUCAUACUGGGGAGAAACCUUAUAAAUGUAAGGAAUGUGGGAAAGCCUUCACUCAAAAUUCAAUCCUUAUCAAACACCAGAGAAUUCACACUGGAGAGAAGCCUUACAAGUGUGAUGAGUGUGGGAAAGCCUUCAUUGAGAGUUCUGCCCUUAUUGUACAUCAGAUGACUCAUACUGGAGAGAAGCCUUAUACCUGUAAUGAGUGUGGGAAAGCCUUCAGUCAGAUGUCAAACUUUAAAGUACAUCAAAAGAUUCAUGACGGAGAGAAGCCUUAUAAAUGUAACAAAUGUGAGAAAGUCUUUGGUCAGAGCUCAACCCUUUUCAAACACCAGAGAAUUCAUACUGGAGAAAAGCCUUAUAAAUGUAAUGAGUGUGGGAAAGCCUUUAGUCGAAGGUCAAACCUGAAGGUACAUCAGAAGAUUCAUACUGGAGAGAAGCCUUAUAAAUGUAAUCAGUGUGAGAAAGCCUUUACCCUAAGUUCGUCUCUUCUUAAUCACCAGAGAAUUCAUACUGGAGAGAAGCCUUAUAGAUGUGACAAGUGUGGGAAAGCCUUCUUUAGGAGAUCAAACCUUAAUUUACAUCAGAAGAAUCAUACUGGAGACAAACCUUAUGAAUGUACUAAAUGUGGUAAAGCCUUCGCUCAAAAGUCAACCCUUUUCAAACACCACAAAAUUCAUACUGAAGAGAAACCUUUUAAAUGUGAUACGUGUGGGAAAGCCUUCUUUGAGAGCUCAACCCUUAUUAGUCAUCAGAUGAUUCAUACUGGAGAGAAGCCAUAUACAUGUGAUGAGUGUGGGAAGGCCUUCAGUAAAAAGUCAGUCCUUGUUAAUCAUCAAAGAAUUCAUACUGGAGAGAAACCUUAUAAAUGUAAAGAGUGUGGGAAAGCUUUCAGUCAGAGCUCAAAUCUUAGUGUGCAUAAGAAGAUUCAUACUGGAGAGAAGCCUCAUAAAUGUAAUCAAUGUGGGAAAGUCUUCACUCAAAGAUCAACCCUUUUCAAUCAUCAGAAAAUUCAUAAUGAAGAGAAGCCUUAUAAAUGUAAUGAGUGUGGGAAAGCCUUUGUUCAGAGCUCAAACCUUAAGGUACAUGAGAAGAUUCAUACCGGAGAGAAGCCUUAUCAAUGUAAUCAAUGUGGGAAAUCUUUCACCCAAAGUUCAUCUUUUUUCAAUCACCAGAGAAUUCAUACUGGAGAGAAACCUUAUAAAUGUAAUCAGUGUGGGAAAGCCUUCCUCAGGAGGUCAAAUCUUAAUGUACAUCAGGAGAGUCAUACUGGAGAGAAACCAUAUAAAUGUACUAAAUGUCGUAAAGCCUACACUCAAAAAUCUACCCUUUUCAGACAUCAGAGAAUUCACACUGGAGAGAAGCCUUAUACAUGCAAUGAUUGUGGGAAAGCUUUCUUUGAUAGCUCAACCCUUCUUGUACAUCAGAUGACUCAUACUGGAGAGAAGCCAUAUACAUGUAAUGAAUGUGGGAAAGACUUCAGUACAAAUUCAGUCCUUGUUAGUCACCAGAGAAUUCAUACUGGAGAGAAGCCAUACACAUGUAAGCAGUGUGGGAAAGCCUUUAGUCGGAGUUCAAAUCUUAAUGUACACCAGAAGAUUCAUACUGGAGAGAAACCUUUUACAUGUAAUGAGUGUGGAAAAGGCUUUAUUCAGAGAUCAAAUCUUACUGUGCAUCAGAAGAUUCAUACUGGAGAGAAGUCUUAUACAUGUAAUCAAUGUGGGGAAGCCUUCACUGAACAAUCAGCUCUUUUCAAUCACCAGAGAAUUCAUGAUGAAGAGAAACCCUAUAAAUGUAAUCAAUGUGGGAAGGCCUUUGUAAAGAAGUCAGAUCUUAAUAGGCAUCAGAAGAAUCAUAAUGGAGACAAACCAUAUAAAUGUAGUCAUUGUGAGAAAGCCUUCAGUGAACACUCACACCUUUUCAAACACCAGAGAAUUCAUACUGAAGAAAAGCCUUAUAAAUGUAAUGAAUGUGGGAAAUCCUUCAUUCAGAGCUCUGACUUGGUUAAACACCAGACAAGUCAUACUGAAGAGAAGCCUUUUUUAUGUAAUGAGUGUGGGGAAGCCUUCAGUGAUAGUUUGUCCCUUGUUAAGCACCAGAGUUUUCAUACAGAUGGGUUACAUAAGUAGUAACUGUGAGAAUGCUUUCAGCAAAAACUCAAAUCUUGUUAUUUACCAGAGAGGUCUUACUGAAGAGAAUCCUGGAAUAUGGGAGCUGAACAGUCUGCCUCCAUUCAGAUACUCUUCUUGAGCAGAAGUCCUACAGUGUUGGAUUCUGCUGGAUGAAAGGCUGACUUCUAGUCAACAACAGGUCUCAGAUCCCUGUGGAAAGACUUCCAUGUGCUACGCUAUUUCUGUAGGAACUUUUCUUUCUCAGAUGAGAAGUUUGCUUUUUUUUUCUUUCCUUUUCAACUGAGUCAGUUAUGAAACCUGAUUUGUGUUUGUGUGCUUGUAUGUGGCUUGAAGUGACUCCAGCAGAACCCUACCCAAAACCCAGAACCAAUUAUGGAUCCUGAAACUGGCAGGUUCUCCAACAUUUACCCCAGGAGAGCCAUUGUUCAUUGCAAGUCAUUGGGAGGCAGUGGAGGAUGACAGAAAGUCCUGGACCUGAAGACAGAAGCAUUCCUGGCUCUGCCAGUUGCUGGCUGUGUGUCCUUGGCCAAGUCAUUUCCCCUUCAGCAUACCCAUCUACAGCCUGAAAAGACGGGAUUGGCCUGGGUUGUUUCUGAUGUCCCUUCCAGUUCUGAAUGUUAUGCAAACUCUUAGAUCAUCAGUCCCUGCCUCCUUCCCUUCCUCAUUAUACAAGUGAGGGGACUGAGGUCCUGAGGGAGGCAGCGGCUUACCCAGGGUCACACAGUAAGUCAGUGGUAGAGGCACAACUAAACUCCCUGUUCCCUGGUUUCCAGCCCAGGCUCACCUUCCCACCUCUCCAAGUGUCCGAUUCUAACCAGACCUGAUGCUGAACAGGUCUCUGUGAUUACCUAUGCCUUCUGCUUUCUGACUCUAAACCUAAUCUAAACCCCAAGCAGAGGGGAAAAUUCACAAAAAGAUACUAAAACUCUCAAUUUCAUCUUUAAUCAUGUCUCCAUUGUGAACUCAACCCUCCCCCAUCCAAGAUCCAGGCUCAUCUCUCCCUUCUCUCUUUCUCCCCAUAAGCCAUCUGAUGGAGCUUCAGUUUAGUUAAGUAUUCUCAGGUGUCCCUGGGAAGGAAGGAGAAGGGAGGAGUGUGGAGCCAGUCAAUCUGCCUGGAGAGAGAAUGAGGCCCAGGGGAAACAAGGGGAGACCUUCUACAGGAAGACUUUCUUAAUUCAAGUGCUUCCCUUCUAUUGAUUCCCUCCAACUUUUCCUGUCUAUAACUUAUUUGUGUGCAGUUGUUUGCAGUAUGAUGAUACAUUUUCCUUUUCCUUUUAUUCAGUUUUUAUUAUUCCAUUGCCCCCCUGGAACAUUUGGUUAACUAAAGCAUUUUUCUUGUUAAUAUUGACCUCACCUGGAUAAAACCUGACUCACUGAAUCAUAGUAAGAAGUCAAAAGAGAGGUUGAGCUUGCCAGGGGGAUUUAGCUGGAAGAAUUCUCCUGAUCCCUGACCCUUUGGUGACAUGUAAAUCCCUUCCUCUUAGUUAGCCCAUUGUGACUUCUUGAAAAUGUAGCCCUGUAGAAUUAUAAAUGUAGUAUUUUGCAAACUCAGUGUUUAAUUCUGUAACUUUGUGUGUUUACUAAUUUGUUUUAACUUCAUUUGUUCAACCUUAAUUGAAAGAAGCAUGAAAAAAUCUUUUAGUAGGCCUGGGUGACCUUUGUGACCUAAGAGACCAUAAAAAUUGCAAUUGGUUAAAAAAAAAUUAUUUCUCUGUCUCUGACAGUAAUUUUCUCUAUAAAGACUUUGCCAGAAGUUCCAAUCUUGGUACAGCUAUUUUUCUACUAUCUGAACCUGUGCUUAAGUAUAAUAAAAUCUAGGUUUUUACAUCUAU